AUGGGCAUCAAAGGUUUAUCCAAAAGUUUCGUCUUGGGACUUGCUGUAAGCUCAGCUACAGCAUCAUCCGUACUCCCACGCCAGACAAAUGGCUCCAGCUCCGAAACCAGCCCCUAUUUCCAGGCUGUUUCCGACUACCUUGACUCCAUUGUCGAUGACUUAUGGCCUAUCAACAAAGAGAUCCACGACAACCCAGAGCUUGGAUAUGAAGAAGUCAAGGCCCAUAAACUUUUGACCGACUUUAUGGAGUCACAUGAAGGAUGGAAUGUCACUAGAUCCAUAUACAACAUCAGCACUGCCUUCGUCGCGGUAUUUGAAGGAAGCGGUGAAGGGCCUAUAGUGUCAUUCAACGCCGAGUAUGACGCCCUUCCUGGGCUUGGGCACGCUUGCGGCCACAAUCUUAUUGCAACGGCUUCAGUAGGAGGAGCUCUCGCUACAGCUGAAAUCAUGCGUUCCGAAAACCUUCCUGGCAAAGUGAUUCUUUUUGGAACUCCCGCUGAAGAGAGUCUCGGCGGCAAGGUGAAGCUUCAUGAAGCGGGUGCUUUCCGUGAUCACAACAUUGAUAUUUCUCUUAUCACCCAUCCCACCAACGGCGGCGACUCUCCGUACAUGAUUACGACCUCAACUGACCGCUUUGAGGACGCCCUUAUCCUAGCUAACAAUGCCAUCGCUCUGCUUCGCCAGCAAACGCAGCCCACGGAUAAGAUCCAUGGAAUUAUCACCUCUGCUGGUUCCCGCAUCAAUGUCAUCCCUGCCCUCGCAGAAGCGUCCUUCCAGAUCCGUUCUGCUGAUAACGUCGCUCUGGAGGAGUGGAUGGAGCGUGUGAUGAAGUGCUUUGAGGCAGGUGCUUUGGCUACUGGUGCCGAACUGAAUCUUACCAUGAGACCUUAUGGCUAUGACAACAUGGUCAGCAAUGACAUAUUGGCGAGCACAUACUCCAAGUACUUCACCGAGCUUGGAGGCGAAGUACCAAGUGCAGAGAUCGAUAAGCUGCGGGAUCCCAGUGGCAGCACGGACCAGGGAAACCUGAGCCACGACUUCCCUAGUAUUAGCCCAUACUUUGGAAUCACGAACGAGAACGGAAGUGUUCCUGACGGAGGACCUCACACUACGGCCUUUGAGGUUGCUGCUGGUAGCAGGGCUGCUUUUGACAAGUCGAUAACAGUUGCCAAGAGCAUCGCUGGCGUCGCCGUUGAUGUCUUGACCGUCGAGGGGCUUCUUGACAAAAUCAAGGAGGAGUUUGAGUCGACGCAGGACAAGCGUAGAAAACGCCGCUCUGUAUUUUAG